GUGAAAUGAACACCUGUUGCCUAGCGGGUUUUAAAAGAAAACGCUCGUGUUUCAGGUCCUUUUCAACACCACAAAAGACCUGGCCCCGCUUUAAUCAGAACUACGGUGAUCCGGAGCUCCACACGGAACUAUCCUGGGCACACGGUUAACUUAAAAGCGAUUUAGGAAGGAUGCGUUUUUAAAUGGAAAUUGCACAGCGGCUGCACACCGAAAACCGAGUUACAGAUUGAACAUGCUGCAGGUUGCAUGAGUGACAGAUAUGGGGUCAGCAAAAUUAUCUUUGCAGACUUUCACUGUGGUGUCACUUGUUUGCCUAUUUCACCGAACAGUGACCGCUGAAGGCGUCAAUCCAGAGGUCCUUGGAAAGGUUGGAGGUGUGGUGGAGCUGGAGUGUAGUUUCACUCCAUCAGGGCCGGCUACUGUGCCAUCAGCGUCCCUGCAUGUAGUGGAGUGGGUCCGAAAAGGACUGGACAUCCCCGUCCUGAUCAAAUUUGGAUCUUAUGCGCCUCGCCUACAUCCACAAUAUGAAGGGCGGGUGUCUCUGGUUCGCUUCACCGACCUCAGGGUGGAGGGGCUGCAGUUGGGCGACCAGGGCUUGUACGAGUGUCGAAUCCUCUUGCUGGAUGAAUCCACGGAUGAGCCGCAAAAUGCUACCUGGACUCGGCUCUCUAUAACCGCUCCACCCACCUUCGCCGAAGCCCCGCCUCCUGUGGUGGAAGCUCUGGUUGGAAGAUCCCUCUCGCUUACCUGUGUUGCUAAUGGCAACCCCACUCCAACAAUCACCUGGUUAAAGGAUGGCAGUGUCAUUCAAAGGACAGAAGAUCAGGAAGGAGCCUUAUCUCUGCCAGCAGUGAGCGCACAGUCAGCAGGAGAGUACACCUGCCACGCCUCCAACUCCGAGGGGAACGUGACCCGAGUGACCAGAGUCAAGAUCAAAGGUCCGCCUGUUAUUGUCAUACCUCCCAAAAGCACCUCUCUCAACAAGUCCCAGAAUGCAUUGCUGCGGUGCCAGGCGGUGGCCGACCCCCCCAACAUGACCUACGUGUGGCAGAAAGGUGGAGAGAACGUCCAUCACAUCGAGUCUCUGAAGUCGCGGGUGAAGAUCAUGGUAGACGGGACUCUGCUCAUCUCCAGUCUCAUCCCUGAGGAUUCUGGGAACUACACCUGCAUGCCGAGCAAUGGCCUGCUGACCCCCCCCACCGCCUCCGCCAACCUCACCGUGAAGCAUCCAGCCCAGGCUCUUCCGAUGCCCCAGAAAUCGUACCUCCCGACAGGUAUGAAGGGAACGGUUGCCUGUCCAUCGGCCGCUCAGCCUCCUCUGCUUCGUGUGGAUUGGACCAAAGAUGGAGAACCACUCGACCUGUCCUUGUAUCCAGGAUGGUCCUUGACACCAUUGGGCUCUUUGUUCAUGACCACAGUCAAUGACGAUACAGCAGGUGUGUACACCUGCACCCCAUACAACAGCUAUGGCACUAUGGGUGCAUCUGAGCCAGUGGAUGUAAUACUACAAGACCCCCCAUCAUUCAGUGUCACCCCAGAGAAGGAGUACAGACAGGAGGUUGGCCGGACUCUGCUCAUCUCCUGUCAAGGAAACCAGGACCCCACAAUUAAAGUGACCUGGAGCAAGAUGGACUUGGUUCGUCGCACAUCUUACGCCAUUGAACGCAACGGUUCUCUGCUGCUGCAGCCCGUCACUAAAGACCACCAGGGGGCAUGGGAGUGCAGCGCCACAAACCGCGUAGCCUCGGUGAAAGCAGUCACACAAGUCUUUGUCCUCGGCACCAGUCCCCAUGCGGCUGCCUCUCUGUCCGUCUCUCCAGGGGUGAGGCAGGCCAACGUUUCCUGGGAGGCAGGCUUUGAUGGAGGAUCAGCACAGACAUUUUCAGUUUGGGUGAAAAAGACUUCAGAGAGGAGUGUUAAUGAUGGGAAGAAGGUCUGGUUCUCUGUGCCUGUGCCCCCGUCUUCUGGCAGCAGUCUGCAGGUGACGGGCCUGUCUCCUGCCACAGAAUACCAGUUCAGCCUCCUUUCCCAGAAUAAGAUGGGAACAGGACCGUUCAGCGAGAUAACCACCAUGCGGACCUUGGAUCCUCCGCUGAGGAGAAGUAAACUGAAGCCCCCCGCGUCGCUCACAGCUAAUCAGAGCUCAGCAGGUGUCGUGCUGAGAUGGUCCCUUCCUCAACCUCCGAUCACAGGAUUCCUCCUCCAAUCACGCAUCGAACAAGGCGAGUGGUUCUACUUGGACGAGGACAUCGACGGCAACGUUAGCGAGAUAGUCGUUCCGGGUUUGCUCAAGGACUGUGUGUACGAGCUGCGGCUGCUAUCUCGUCGCGGGGAGUUGCUGAGCGAGCCCAGUCCAUCAGUCAAUGUCUCCACCAUGGGGAUGGAGAUCUACCCCGCCACAUCCCAGCUCCUAGAGUACGUCCCGGAGCCUCUUCUGGCCGGCGUGCUGGGGGGGGUGGGCUUCAUGUGUUUGGCACUCGUCUUGCUGCUGGGGUCCGCCUGCUUCAUCAGCCACAAGAGGGACGCCCGGCGCAGAAAGAAGAAGGAUGAGCCCCCUUCUGCCAUUUAUAAAUGCCCCCCAUCAAUAAAGACUUCAGGCACUGGCAGUCCAGACAGUGUGUUGAAGAAAAGUCUACUCCCGGCCAACAUCCUGUAUCCCACCACCUCCUCGUCCUUCUCGCAGACUGACAGUUCCUCCUUUAGCUCUGAGAAUCCUCAUCAGCAGAAGCAAUUCCAGUCCAACUACACCCGAGGCCGCCUGACUCGGACACAUUCUUUUCCCGUUUCUCCGCCAAUCGAGAUGAUCUCUCGCGGUCCAGAUGGCCGUUUCGCACUCCUAUCGUACGACAAUGACGUAGCGAACAAUCACGACCAGAAAAGAAGAAGUUACGACCAAGCUAAAGUCCGACGGUCUUUGUCGCUGCACUCGGAGAGGGAAGAUAGGAAGCGGCCAGCGUUUGUGCUCUCUGUUGACCUCCCGCCUUUUGCACAAGCUAAUCCUGCAAACCAAAUGUACGAAAUGUCCAAGAGCCUUCCCAAUCAUCACCGUUAUACCCCCGAUCCUGACUUAAGCAGCCUGUGCUCAAGCAGUAGUUUGGCCACCAUUUCUCAUCAAGAAAGACGAAUAACUCCCACGUUUCCAGUUCUCCCGCAUAUCCGAAAAGGCUUCGGUCAGCCAACGACCACCGCCAGUUCUCUGGUUCUCCAAAUGGAGCACGAGCGCGAGAGAGGGAACUUGAGUCGCUGCUUGAAGCUGGCUCAGGAGAGAGAGGGGCUGGAGAUGGAGCUCCAGAGGUACACGCUGGAAAGAGGCUCCAUGAGAGAGAUGAAGAGGGAGUAUUCGGAUGUGGAAGGGAUAGAGGCGGAUGGUAAUGAACUUCUGUGGGAAUAUAAGAGCAGCACCUUGCCCCACAGAUACCCCCAGGGCGGCAAAGACAGGUUUUCUCUGCCACAGAGCCCUUUCUCUUCAUCCUCUGUGCAUUGGGACCCCCGUCAACUUGUCUCUCCUCCUCCUCAUCUGACCCAGACUUGUUUCAGAACGUCUUCCCCCGGGAAUCCCUCUUGUUUUCAAUCCGGAAACCGUCGCGCUGCUCCACCCUUCACCAAACAGGCCCCCCUUUGGUCUGAGGAGGCAGGCACUCUUUCCAAAGGCAGAUUAACUCUCCCACUUCUCUCCUCAAAGCACAAGAGACAUGAAAGUGUUGAGGCAGCACCCGAGGGCUGUGAAUAUUCACCACAAUCCACAGUCUUAGAAAUGCAAACGAAUGAUUCAUGCUCUGAGGCAGGGAGACGGAACAAUCUCAGCCAUGGAAGCUUUUCAACACCAUCUUUCCAUUGCAGCAAAUAUACAGAAAAAUGUCAUUUGGUUCUCGACGGGGUGCCAGACCCUUCAGAAGCAGAGGUAGAAUUCCCCGAGCCCGAUCGUGAAGAAGUGUGUGUGGAGAUGAGUGUGGAUGAGCCAGAGUUGGAACUGUGUGUGACGCGGCCUGCAAAGCCCAUGCUGCACGAAAGAAUUGCAUCUCACGUGCAGAGAGGGCACUCCCUGACUCAUAGAAUUCGGCACGAAGAUGCGAGUAGGGGCUUUACCUGCCGCAGUCCUUCUUUGGUGGAUGGUACAAUCAGGCCUUCUCCGCAAACUCCAGAACCCUGGAGAGAUGCGGCCCAACGCUCCAAACUCUUGGACUCUAAGAGGCGAAGUCAGAGCCUUGACUCACGGAGACGUAAAGAGAGCAGGUUCCUGACUCCCGAUGCGUGGGUAGACUCUCUCAGCCAAGAGAACUGUUCUGAUGUGUCUUCCUGUCGGCCAGACACUCUGUUCUCGAAACCCCAAAGCUCUAUGAUCAGGAAUAUCUCCAUAUCUCCUGCGAAUUCUCCUUCUGCUACCCAAGCUGCCCGCCAGUCACCUCCUGCUGAGGACGCUUUAUCUCCAAGGAGCAGAGCAGACGUGCCUCACCACUACGAGCCAAGAAGAGAGGCGUCCAUAUUUCCUGCCAAAUGGCCUAUGGACUACCAGGAGGCCAUUAAGGACACAGAGGGUUCCUUGGAGGCGAUGAAGGAGGCGUCCAGAUGCUUACCGCCUGUUGAUAAUUAUCAAGAGGCACUGGAAGUGGAGGCUGGGGGCUAUGAUGGUGGGCCAGACUCAGGAGGAAGCUACAGCAGUUACGCAAGCAGCGGACGAGGCAGCAUGGAGCCGGCUAACAGACGUCUUUCCCUCUGUCAGCUUUCACCAACCCUCCCCAGCUCACCUGAGACUAUACAGGAGGGCCAGGUGCACGCAGAGGACAGUCACAUACUGGAGCUGAACCAAAGGAGAAAAGCCUCAGUUGAUGAGAAUUAUGAGUGGGAUGCUUCUGAUUUCUGCUCUCAGCCUGGAGAUCACGAGGACCUUCUCCCUCCGUUGAAGAUACUGAAGCCUGCAACGUUCUGUAGCCUUCCCAGAAUGCAGUGCUCCACUAAGGCACUCCUGGGGCAUCAAAGCAGUCGCUCCGCUGAAUCCGAACCAGACACCGUGCUGUUCUGACAUCGCCCGCCUACGGCUCCUCUCACCUGGUGUGUCCUUUCACUUUUUCCAUCAAGAGAUGACGAAAAAACAUGUGGCAGAAAGUGAGGUUUUGUGUAAUUGAAUUCAAAUUGGAAAAAAAGGACGACAAAAGCAGUUUAGAGGGGUUUUCUGCUUGGUUUCUUUGUUACACAGUUAGAAUAUAAGGGUUUUUAACAAAACACGUCUCAGGAAAAAUAAUUGGAGACACAAAAAUACCUCUACCCUUCAUGCAGAGAUGUAAAAAGUUAGUUUUCUUUGUGACCGUCCACCAUCACGCUCUUGGCAUUUUCUUUUGAGACAGUCUGCCAACGUGCCAAUGUGAAAGCUUUUUGCCAUGCUGAUGGAUUCACCACGUUUUUCUUCAUGUGGUUUGAUAUGCAUUCAUCAUCCAGGGAUGAGUCAGUGGCCACACAAGGGAGAAAAACAAUCUCAGUUAUCAUCAAGUGACUCAGGCCGGGGAUGAUUACGUUUCUUGAUGGCAUCAAUCACAUUUGAGAUCAACAUUAGCUGCUCGUGAAAUGCCAAUAAAUAAGUAAGAUAAAUAGAAUAAGAAAUUCUGCUACACUGGUACUUUCAUGAUAAUACGGAUUCCCAUCAGAUCAUUAUCUGCUUUCUUUUGCCUUUUUAAGAAACUGCAUUUUGGAAUCUUCACCAUGUGUAUAAAAGCCUUAUUUUUCUCUCCAGGCAUCUCUUCGUUCAGCGAUGCAAGACCUUUAAUUAUGUUUGGUAAUUGAAGAAGAUCAAGUAAACUUUGAGGGUCCUUGUUGAUUAUUUUAUGGACAGAAAGGGAAAUUAGCUUUUUUUUUUUCUUACGGUACGACUUACAUUUACAAAAGGUCAAUUCAUCCACUCGAUGAGCCCCAGCCUGUUUCACACUCACCUACCUGUUGUCAUUGACACAUGGGAGAAAACGGAGGUGCUGCUAAGUGGAAACAGGUAGUGAACACGUCCCAGACUUUUCAACAUACUUUUUUUUUUUCAUCGACUUACAAUGAAAUUGCCUUGUAAUAUUACAAAAAUCUGAAUUAAGAGUUACAAGCAAAUUGUGAAAGUAAAAUAACAUUUGAGUGCUCAGUCACGUCACUAUUUACUGUAUAACAACAAAAGACCCAAAUGAAUUCAUUUCAGGGGAAACCGUAUGUUAAAUGGAUUUACUCCAACAUAUCUGACUUUGUUUCAAAUAUUAUGGAAGUGCCCAAAAAACCGAUCUUUAUCGUUGGCUAAUAUUCAUUUUAAAGUUUCUAUUAUCUCAUUAAGUUCCCCAGGCAAACAAUGGGGUACAAUGAUUGGUCUUUGGCAGUGGCGAACCGUCAGGGCCUUCAAGGUAUUCAGAGAAUACCCUGGAACACUCAGAUAAAACAAAACAAAAAAAUCGAUUUAAUUAUAUAAAUAAAAUGUAAUCAAAUGUAUAUAAAAU